GACAGCUGUUGCAGUAAAAAGAAAGCGAAGAAGAAUGAACCCUUUGGAGUUCAAUUCGAUUUUAGGAGUACUGAACGUGGGUCUUGGAAUCCAACAUGCUGCUGGUUUUGUCCGAAGAACAUAAAGAACACCUUAACUUCCUCAACAAAGUGGACAUGGCAGUGGUCGGAGAGUUUGGGCGCAUCACACUUGAGUUCCUCAGAAGAGGAAUAAGCCCCAAAGUCUACGACGGCGCUGCCAGGAAGCUGUCGGUGGCCCCGGAAGUGGUGCGACGCGGAGUGGAGGGACUGCUCUACCUCAUGACUCAGAGCUCCAAACACAUGUUGUCCGAGGUGGACUUUGUGGACUCGCUGCUUUCGUUAGAGUUUGGUGAUGAGCUCAACUGCAGCCUCCUACAGAUGUACCAGCAGCAUCGCAGCGAGAUCCGCAGCAUCUUGAGUCUGGCGCCCUCCACCUUGCCUGCUUACCACAACCUGGAGUGGAGACUCAAUGUACAGCUGGCCAGUCGCUCCCUCCGUCAGCAUGUGGCGUCCACCUUGGUCACCAGGCUGCACCUGAUGCACGGGGGCAGUUCUGGCACGGAGCAGAGAGGCCUGGUUCUCCACGUGGACCUGGCCACCCUCCUGCACCUCAUCUCCAUUUUGGAGGAAGCGCUGGCCUCCUCAAAGAGCACGCACGCGCGCCGCAUCUUGCGAAACAUCAAAUAAGGAGACGUUCGCAUGACAGCGCUGCCCGGAUGCCACUAGCGUACUGUUGUGUCCUCACCAGCAAAACAGUUCAGUGUACAAGUCGAACAACUACGCCACACUGCUGGCAACCAUAGUGCCACUGUUGGUCUACUGGUCGUGAAAGCACUUUUUCCCCCUCUGGUAUGGCAGCGAUACGUUUCCUUAAUAACAAUGCGCAAAUCAGGAUGAGUGACCCCACAUUCACGCCCAGAAAAUUUUCAUCUGUGGAUUUUAAUGAUACAUAACUGAUUGUAUAUGACUGAGUCAUUUGUGUGCCCUAAAGUGCAACUCGCUGCCGUCCAGGGAUCCCAGUUAGAGAAGCACUGUUUGGCGCAGCAUUUGCUAGAUUGUGAUUUUUAUGAAAAGUCAAAAGGUCGAAGACUGGAAUGCCAACCGCCUUCUCCUGUGUGAUCAAACAGACUUUGGGUUUGUUUGACUUUUACCUGCGUGAGUGAAAGUGAGACCUCAAACUUGCCUGUGCAGUUGUUAAUAAAUGUUUAUCCCAGCCCUGGAAUAAAUGACUAUUUACAA